AGUUUAGGACUAGAGCCGCCAUGGACGGAAUCUCGGAACUUCCCUGUCCUCACAAGCGGCGGUUGGUACGGAUCCGGCGACCGAACACGCAGGACAUGGAGGACCUGAUGGUCCAACAGACGGGGCAGGUCUACCUCACCACGCCAUACCGCCAACCGCCUGAAAACGACUUCUGCUCAAAGGUGGACUGCCUGUACUGCCACCGGCUCCGCAUGCAGAAGCUGCUGAAGCCCUCCCCCUGGCCCAGGGGAGACCACCUCACCCCCAGACACACCCACUACCACGCCCCCGUCCUGCCCAUCAUCAAACAGGGCCGCUGUCUUAUCAAGAGAAGAAGCCUGAAGACACCACGAAGUCGUCGCAAAGCCACAGUGAUCCACCUUCCUCCCCUCACGGGAGAGACCAUGACCGUCCAUCGGGCAAAGGGCGGGGGGCUGCCCUGGUGGGCCACCAAGACGCCGCUAGGGGGCAUCUCCUGGGUGAACGCCGAUGUCACCGAGCCUUCCACCGCGACCGACGGGAUCAAACUGAGCGCUGUGGCCAACGGCGAGGUCCUACACCUGGAGGAAAUACGACUGGAAGAGACAAAAGGCGACGAGGGAACGGAAAGAGGGGAUGGAAACGAAGAAGGGGAGGACAAACUUGAAGCAUUAAAGGAACAUGUUUUACCAGAUAUUUCUGACGAGUCCUCCGUCCGUUCCGUUGACACGGUGGUGUCCAAGGACACAGGGAUCGGGACUGCCACGGCUUUCUCGGAGGAGGUUACGCUGCCUUCUCUGUCUAACAUUAAAGUGUUUCGUCUUAAAGAACACGAUGACACAGAUGAGACAAGCACUACUGAUGAGACUGCUAGUUUUAAUGCCGAGGAAAGGGACGGAAUGGAAGAUGACAACCGUGGGAAUGACUCUGAAAUCACAGAUGUCGCCAAAGCAGGACAAACAGUCGUUGCAGUUGAUGAGACAAGAUUGGAUGAGGACAAAUCGUCCAAACAGCAUCCACUGCCGCCACACGAGAUGGACGGAGAACUUAUCUGUACAAAGGAAGGGUGUUCCUGUCCGUACAACAAAGACUCGCCACAGAAACAAUCCCCUGAAACUUCCUCGUUAACUGAUCUACGUUUAGCACACCAGAAUGCAGAUGACAGCACGCCAAAUGAGUCGGCAGCAUCUCGACCAAACGGUGAUGACUUUGACGGGAAAAAGAACGAACUUGACACGGAGGAGAGUGACCUUGACAGAGAGGGGUGUUCGAAUUCUGACGAGGAACGGGAGGCCGAAGACGACGUAAGUGUCAUUAUUUUCAUAACUUGAUAUGUAAGGUGUAAGGUUCGUAUUAACAUAGUAACGCGAAUAACAU